AAAAUCCACUGGCCCCGCCCUCCAAGUCGCUUCCUUUCCGCGUUGCUACUGCUGGUUUUAUUCGUGUUCCCCUAGUUUGCCAACACCAUCUUUCUUGUCACAGAUUUGGAAAGUCCAUGGUCGACGCUUCUUGGUCACGAUUAUCAGAGGGUGUGAGCACCGCUAAGGCUGGUCGCUGCGAUCUUUCAUCGCUCCUUCGCCUCGGGCGUCCCUUAUCCCGGCACGAAGCCACCAAGUAACCCGCCUGUGCCCCGUAUCUUCUGCACCGUCAUUGCGACAAACCGUCCAGCCGUGCGGAUGCGAGUUAUUUGAUAACGAAGGCGACAAGGAACACCGUCAAGAUGCCCGGAAUACUGCCCAUGAAAGUCAUCAAGGUGGGCACCAGCUCACAAAGUCGCAUCGCCCAGGCUUGCGACAGGUGUCGCAGCAAGAAGAUCCGUUGCGAUGGCAUCCGUCCCACCUGCUCGCAGUGCGCCAACGUCGGCUUCGAGUGCCGCACCAGCGACAAAUUAAGCCGCCGUGCCUUCCCACGGGGCUACACCGAAUCGUUGGAGGAGCGUGUACGGGCGCUGGAAGCAGAGGUCCGGGAGCUAAAGGACUUGUUGGAUGAGAAGGACGAGAAGAUCGACAUGCUCUCGAGGAUGCAUGGCAAUCGGCAGUCGCAGAACGAAAAGUGCCAGAGCCAACCCCCCGCCGACGCGAAGAAGGAUGCAGGCACACCGGCAAAGGAGGACACGUUUCGCGUCCAGGCCUCGCCGUUGUUGCUGGGCGUCGAGAACUCAGAUUCUUACUUCAUGGGCGCCUCCAGCGGGCGCGGAUUCAUUGAAUCCCUCAAGCGAAAAAUGCAAGAGAACGGGAAGUCUUGCUCCGACUUCAACCCCGAGGCGUUCUUGCACAUCCAAGGAUGCUACCCUCUCACGGCAAAACCGCCUAGCCAAACGAUGAGGAUACCGCCGCGCCUAUUCUCCGAUAGAUGCGUCAACGUCUAUUUCCAGGAGUGGGCGCCUCUGUUUCCAGUCCUCCACAAGCCUACCUUCCUUCGCGUCUAUGAAGAAUUCGUCGCGGAUCCAGAAAAGAUCAGGAACAACCACAAGCUCACCCAGCUCUAUCUGGUUUUCGGGAUCGCAGCGCUAUCAAGCGAGCAACAAGAUCUUCAACAAAUCGCGGCUUGCGAGCAGCAAUGGCAGCGGUCCUUGGAGGCGAUCCUCAUGGACAACACCAUGAUGACCCUGCAGUGCCUGUUGCUUGCACUGAUCUACUGCGCGAUCAGGGCCGAUUACAAGAGACUGCAGCAUUACAAAGGAAUCGCGGUCGGACUUUCACUCCGACUCGGACUGCACCAGAGCCAAAAACGGUUCUCCUUCGGUGUGCUCACCAUCGAGACCCGGAAGAAAGUCUUCUGGACUCUCUACACUCUCGACUGCUUCUCCGCUGCCAUCCUCGGGCUCCCGAAGCUCCUCAAAGAGGAGGACGUCCACACUGAGUUCCCCUCCGAUACCGACGACGAGUACGUUACCGAGAAAGGCUUUCAGCCGAGCCUUCCGGGCGAGGCUACUCGCUUGUCAAGUGCGCUAGCCCUGUUCCGGGGAGCCCGGAUUUUGAGCAAGGUCUUGGAGAAGAUUUAUCCCUCCGCCACGUCCCAUGAGCUCUCGCUCCAGCAAAUGUCCGUACUUGCCGGGGAGCUCGACGAUUGGUACGAGAAGCUACCUCCUCACCUUAAACUCACUUUCAAGCAAGACAAGCCAUCGACCGACGUGACCGGCAGCAGGUCACCGAUCCUGGCCCUUGCAUACUACUACAUCCGUACUCUUAUCUUCAGGCCCGCGGUGACCUCCAGUCUGGGGCCUAAGGCUGCUCCGGCGCUCAUUGCGGUCAGCGAGGCAAGCAAGCACAUCAUUCAGAUCAUCCAGCUGCUCGAGGAAAGAAACAUGUCCUUUUCCCUAUGCCUUAACAAGGCGGACACUCUGGUUCUCUGCGGCAUGGUGCUACUGUACCAGACCCUGGGCUUGAAGCAGGACAGCAAAUUGCUGAAAGACAACGAGAAGUUGGUCAACGACGUGAUCAAGGCCGCAGAUAAGGCCAAAGCGCCUGGCUGUUACGAUCUCAAACGCAUUGCUCGGAUGCUGGUCACCAUCGACGAGCCGCCACCGCAGUCCCUGCCGACGCCCCCGAGGCAGAGCCCGGAUGCCUGCCUCACCGCUCCGCCAGCGCAGCGACAUUCGGUCAGCGCCUCCAACAAGCCGCACGCGACGCUCGGGCGCCACAACGCUGCUAGCAUAAGCGAAAGCGAUCUGCUGAUGCAGCAAGAAAAACUGCGCAGAAUGACCAUGCCGCAUCCUACCCACCCCCGGACGGAACAAGUACACCCGCGUCCCCGAGGAUCGUUCGACAGCCAAAGACCGUCGAUUCCCCUCUCGCAGCGAGAUCACCGAUUGUCCCUGAGCCAAGCCCACGCUGCACAGGCAGCCCUGCUGGGGCGCCUUUCGGCUUCUCCACACACCAAACACCAAUCGAUUGACUACCUCCACGUAGACUCGCCAACCCAGCCCGACUCCCCCGUGCACUCCCGUGGCGCCGGCGGGUCGCACCCAUCAAUCAACCACUCUCAACAAGCGCAGCUGUACUCGCAGCUCCAGAAAGGCUCCAGUGUCUCGACAGCCGAGUGGGAAGCGCUCCUAGGUUCUAUCGAGGGCGGCCAUCUCAACGUGUACGACGCCAUUUACGGGGGCCCCAGCCUUUCGCUUGCGGAAGCGGCGAACGCGCCCGUGUCAGCGACCCCAACGACGACGAACGACCCGUGGUCCCCGGACUCGUGGGAUUUGACGGGCUUCAACCUCGGAGAUUUUGGGUCGGCGACGACGGCGCACAGCGUGGUCAGCCUGAGCGAGGAUGGGCUGAGCUCGAGCGAUGACAUGGGCAGUGUCGGUAGCACCGCUGCUGCCGGGAUGGAUUUCAGGGGCGGCCUGGGAAUGCCGGUGACGACAACAGAUGGGUUCGUGCUGGAUAGCCUGGAUGGGCCAUUUCCGAUGUGAUGUCUGAUGGCGAUACGGCGUUCUAGGAGGCACGGUAAAGGAUAGGACGGGAUGAAUGGACGCGAGAAUCGACCGCGAGGGUAUGACUGGGAUUUCGGUUGAACUGGAUCGAUGGUUCGCUCGCUGUGUAUGGGAUUCUGUUUGUCUGUUUGCUACUGUU